UUCAUUCUCUCUUUCUCUCUCUCACUUCUCACCAGUGAUCAUGUGGUUCCUGCUCAUAUAUGUCCAACUUACAGCAAUACAAGCGCAAGAUCGAAUAGUUUUACGGGGGGAAAAAAGCCCAUGUGUGGGCCGUCUGGAGGUGUACCACAAUGGCGAGUGGGGCUUGGUGGGCCAUCAUCAGUGGAGACCCGUAAAUGGUGAAGUAGUGUGUAAGUCGUUAGGCUGCGGUGCUCAUGUGACAUCUGGGAUUUUAUCUCAAACCGACAUACACCUUUCUCCACUUGCAAUCUUUUGGAUGGAUGAGGUCAAGUGUGUGGGGACAGAGAACAGGCUCUGGGAGUGCCCCUUCAACGGCUGGAAGAUCAGUCAAUGCCACCAUCACAACUAUGUUUCGGUUAAUUGCUCAGGGACUAUUUCUCUGAGUUUGAAUCUAUUUGGAUUGACGGAUGAGUGUGCCGGGGUGGUCCAGUUCACAACACCGAAUGGCAUAAUUAGUUUGUGCAAGCAGAACUGGGAUGAUGACAAAGAAAAUACGAAAGCAAAUAUGGUGUGCCAAGAACUUAAUUGUGGGAAAUAUCAGAAGACACUCAAGUCCAUCACCUUUGAUGCAAAUGGAAGUUCAUACAAAGUGCCCCUAACCUGUAUUGGCAAUGAAACGGUCUCAUGGCAGUGUGUGGACUGGGUAUCUGCCAAGUCAAACACAUGCCAAGAAGAAAUCAGCAUCAUCUGCUCAAAUCAUGAACGUGUCCGUCUGCGCGGUGGUGCUGAUGUCUGUGAAGGAACUUUGGAGAAGGAGAACAGCACUGAAGGAAAGUGGUCUAAUGUGUCAUGUCAAGAGGGUAAUAACAUGCUUCAUAAGAUGUGUACUAAGCUGAGGUGUGGCGGAGCUGUCAGGGUGGAUUGCAAUGAAAGCCAGAACACCUGGCUUAAAUGCUCAGAUCGUGUCAAAAUAGAUUUAAGAAAAGGUGAGGAAAAGCCAUCAGUAUGUUAUGGGGACAUCUACGUAAGCGUGAAUGGCUCAUACCAGGAAAUGUGCUUUGAUGCCACCACUUCUAAAGAGACGAUUAGCAAGGUGGUGUGCCGGGAGUUGCAAUGUGGAGCCCCCCUCUACGUGUCGCAGGGCUCCGUAAAACAGGGGACCGGGACCAAUAUUAGACAUGUUGAAUGUCACGGAGAGGAGAAAUCUCUGUGGGAGUGCAUACACAAUAAUGGCACUUUUGGCAGUUGUCAAUCCAUCAAUAUUAUAUGUUCAGGCUCUCUGGACAUGCGUCUGAGCAACGGUCUGGACAAGUGCGCAGGCCAACUGGAGGUGAAAUCACAGGAUUCCUGGAAUAGCAUGAGCAGUGUAGGCUGGUCGAAGGAAAAUACAAAAAUGGUGUGUCAACACCUUGAAUGCAGAGAAUCAGAGGAUAACAAUCAUCAUCGUUUUGUCAAGAGCAAAUUGCCUCUACUGAAAUGGAAACUGGAAUGCAAUGGCUCUGACAUCUCGCAGUGUAGCAUGACAUCUGCGAAACAUGGUCAACAGGAUCCAGUUGUCAGCAUCACCUGCAAGAAUCCUGAGCUCUGGUUUCUGCAGGGCAACUCAACGUGUGAAGGGAGAGUAAAGAGUGAAUCUGAUGCAUACUUGCCAGAUAUCACCCAUGAAAGGGCUGCAGAAGUGUGUACACAGAAUCUCUGUGGAGGUGUGCUCUUCACAAAACAUGACAACAGCAGCAUGGACUCCUCUGUUUGCCCUGAAAACGCAACCUCACCCUUCAACUGCUUCAUGAAGAAUACAAACACAUCAACAAAACCCCAAUUUGCCUACGUGAAAUGCUCAGGCUCCAGGGAGGUGCGGUUGGAGAACAGGUGCUAUGGGAAAGUGCUGGUGUGUUCAGAUGAAAACUGUGGGGUGUGUCAGGACACCUGGACGGAAGAGCAGUCAAUAAUGCUCUGUAACAUCCUGGGCUGUGGAAAAGUGAUUACAGAAAAGUACAGUGGAAAGAAAAAGCCUGGAGUGACCGUGGCCAGUGUACACUGCUCUAAAGCAGCUAAGAACUUCAGCCAGUGCAACUUUGUACAACUUAAAGACACUUCCUUAUGCCAAAAUCCAGCCUAUGUUUCCUGCACAGAGAGUUUGAAAGCUGUGCUGCAGGACCCGAGAGACAAGUGUGCUGGAAACCUUAAGUUAUUUUACUCUGGAGCAUGGUACCCACUGUGUACAAACAGCAUUGAUAAAAAUACACAGAAUGCCAUCUGUGAAUACUUGAGCUGUGGAGAAGCCCUCAGUUUCAACGAGUCUAUCAGCAGCACGUCUAACAUCCAUGGACUGAAAAAAUUCACUUGUCAUGAUGGCGGCAUUUCCAACUGUGACGUUUCUCAAACUGAAAUAGGACAAUGCAAAGUUGGCCAUCUCAAAUGCAAAGGUUGGAGAAGGCUGCUCCUCAUUGACCCUGAAAACGCCUGCAGUGGUGAACUCAAACUCCAGAAUGAUACAGGCAUCUAUGCAGUGAGCAGUGAUGGUUGGAGCAAACGGGAAAGUAAUGAACUGUGUAAAUAUCUGGAGUGUGGGAACAUGUCUGAAAUGAAUGUAAAACAGGUGAAGAUGCCUUUCUGGGGCAGGAGCUACAGUUGCACAGGGAACCACAUCAGCAUCUGGGACUGUGAGAAGGAAGAGGCACUGGUGAAGAAUCAUCAUCUCAAGCAGCUGUACAUCAGCUGUACGGACAAGCCUCAAGUGACACUCAGUGGCAACUGUACAGGUGAGGUGCGGAUUAAGAACGAGCGUAUGUGCUACAACUCGCAGACGAUGGAACAGUUGUUCCAUGAGUUAUGUCAGCAGUUGGGCUGCAGCAUGUUUUUCAAAACCUGGUCCACCAAGUACAAGGGUAAUGCACGUUACCUGAGUUGCACAGGAAAGGAAAGCAACCUGUGGCAGUGCAGCUCAUGGACAGAUAAUUGCGAGGAGGUCCUCUCGCUGACGUGUACAGAGGCGCUUAAAUUCAAUUUCAGCAGGCCUUGUGGAGGCGAGUUUCUAGUGGACUACCGCGGACAAUGGGACCCCGUCUGUCCUCUGGAGAACAUGAUCAAUGCAGAUAGGAUAUGUAGGGAGCGGAAAUGUGGAAACGCCCUCAAAAAAUCAGAAGGAUCGAUAGGAAAUAGAUCAAAUACAGAUAUUACAAUUAAGUGUGGAAAUGAGCAUAAUUAUCUAAAGCACUGCAUCAAAUCAGGAAGAGAAACCUGCACGAAGACGGCACAAAUUUAUUGUGACAAGGCGAUUAAAUUCGAUUUCAGCAGGCCUUGUGGAGACGAGUUUCUAGUGGACUACCGCGGACAAUGGGAACCCGUCUGUCCUCUGGAGAACAUGAUCGAUGCAGAUAGGAUAUGUAGGGAGCGGCAUUGUGGAAAUGCCAGAACAAAAUCAGAAGGAUCGAUAGGAAAUAGAUCAAAUACAGAUAUUACAAUUAAGUGUGGAAAUGACGAUAAUUAUCUAAAGCACUGCGUCAAAUCAGGAAGAGAACCCUGCACGAAGACGGCACAAAUUUAUUGUGACAGUUAUUUUAGACAGACUCCUCCACCACCAAACACUGGACUUAUUGUAGGGCUUGUGGCUGGAUUCGUGCUGCUGCUGGUGGCUGCACUGAUUGUGUUCUGGAAGAGAAAAUCUUUCCUCGCCAUAUUAAGAUUAAAGUCUUCUGAAGCCACUGAUGUGGAGGUCAGCGAGAAUGAAAUGCAGACUUUGAAUGAAAAAGCAUUAGGUGUGCUUGAAAGAGGUAAAAGUGAUGACGUUGUUACCACUGUGAAUCCCAUGGAGGAUAGCCUUAGUCAAGAAAGUGAUUCUGAACAUGACGAGGAGAAUACGAGCACAAGCGGAAGCUCCUCUGGGACUGAAUAUGAUGAAGUGGAUGCAGGAAAUGUCAAACUACCAGAAGACAGGGGCCCCACUGAGCCACUCCUUCCACCCAGACCUGACAAUUUACCUGAUGAAGUGACAUUCGAAGCUGAAGUGGAGCCGCAGGAGGACUAUGACGAUGUUAUAUUACUCACUGAGAAAAGAGAAAGCUUCAUUUUCCCUGGCCCAUCAUCAGAUCUACCAUUACCGGGCUCUAAUGAUGAGGCCAAACCUCAGUAAGAUGAGUAAUCAAGGUCAUUUUUAGUUUGUAUAGAGCAUUUUUAAUAAGGUGUGAAAAAAUAUUUUUCCUAAUCAAAUUUAUAUUAUACAUUAUGCUCAAUAGCACUGGCACUAGCGUGAAUAGCAACAUGCUAAAAUAUGAAUGUGCCUUAAUUAUAAAUAUUAUCUACUGUAAUGAGGAGCAGCAAAAUUUAGGUUAAAAUGUGUUUAUGUAAAUCAAACUUUCUAAAAAUGAAUGGAAUGAGGAUGUUUAAAAUAUAUUUUUAAAAUUUAAAAUAUAAUUCAUUUUUCUAUAAUGAAUAAAUAAAUAAAAAUGAACAAAAUUAUAUAUCUAAUAAUUUACAUAUUGUAUUAUUAUUACCUUUAAUGGGGAUGUGCACCAUCAUUUUAUUUUACUUUUUUAUUUUUUGUUUGAUAUAUUUUGAUUUAUACAUUUCAGAAUUGUAGUGGUGAUAUUAUUAUUAUUAUUAUUAUUAUUAUUAUUAUUAUUAUUAUUAUUAUUAUUAUUAUAUUUGUACUCCAAAUAUUAGCCAAUAUAUGCUCAUUUUAAUAUUAACUUUCAUGAAACAAUUGUUUUUAAAAUGUAUUUUACACAAAGGAACUAUAUAUCCCUGCAUUAUAUGUGUGUUUUAUGGCUGAAAUAUUCCAUGUUGCACCUGUGACACCCGUUAGCCUGCCUGCUGAUGUCCCUAGUCCACCUACAUUAUCCAACCUGCAUUUUCUUUAUAGUCAUAAAGCUCUUUGUUUAUCAAACAAUCUCAAAAGUCUGCUUUUUCCUACUGCAAUCCUAUGCUAUCCUAUCUGUCUUUUGGAUGAGACGUUAAACCGAGGUCUUGACUCUCUGUGGUCAUUAAAAAUCCCCCAUUGGCCUUUAUCUUUCAUGGCUCCCUAAUAAUCUCCAACCCUGAAUUGGCUACAUCAUGUCUCCUCUCCUCCCCACUAAUAUCUGGUGUGUGGUGGGUGUUCUGGUGCUCUAUGACUGCCGUCGCAUCAUCCAGGUCGAUGCUACACACUGACGGUGGUUGAGGAGACCCCCCCCCCCCCCCCAUUACAAUGUAAAGCGCUUUGAGUUCCUAGAAAAGCGCUAUAAAAAUCUAAGGAAUUAUUCAUUAUUAUGCUGACACUCCUAGAGUGUAAGGCACUGGUUUGCUUAGUUUGCUUGUUCCUGUUCCUAGCGCAGAACCUUGGGUAACAUUUGGUUUUGAGAUUCUCCUGUGUUUGUUAUAGAUUUUAGUCAUUAUCUGCCUGUGUUUGCCUCAUUCCUAAACCCCACAAUGGACAUGGAUGUUUCUUAAAUAGACUGAAUAAAACUCUCCCGCCCAAUAAAAUAUU